AUGUCAGUCGUGUCGAAGAACAUCUUCGACCUUCUUGGUGACGACGGAGAAUCAACCUCUCCAGCACCCGCCAAGGCCACCCCUGCCCCAGCCAAGAAGGACGCAACCCCCGCUGCUCAACGAACUGUCCCAGGAUCUCAACCAAGAGGUGGACAAGGUCAAGGUGCUAGAGGAAGAGGCUCUUACCCUUCUCGAGGUGGACCUCGAAACACCUACCAAGGUGAACCUCGAAAUACCGGUCCUGUCUCAUCGGAAGGUAACGCGGAAGGUACUGAGACUGCCGGUGGAUUCGAUGGAGAGAGAGUUGCCCCAUCAAGAAAGGGUAACCAAGGAACCAUCCGAGAUGCCCACACCAAGGGACCCAGAGGUAACCGACCUGCCCGAGGAGGUGGUAACUCUUCCCGAAACGUAACCUCAGGUGGACACUCUUCCUACGGUUCAGGACACUACCGAGGUGCCAAGGUACCCGCUCAAGCCGGUGAGCGAAGACAAUUUGAGAGAAGAAACCAAAACGGUGGUACCGACUCGCAAAAGAAGGUUGACCAUGGAUGGGGUGCUAACACUGGUGAAGCUGAGUUGAAGGACGAAGUUGAAGGCGAGAAGGACGCCCAAGUCGAGGAGAACCAACCUCAAACCCCUGCUCCCGAGGCUACCGAGGAAGUCGCUGCUCCCGCCGAAGCUGAACCAGAGGAACCUGAGGAAGUCACCAAAUCAUACGAUGAUUUCCUUGCCGAGCGAGCUCAACAAGCUCUCUCCAUCCCAGGUCUCGAGAAGAAAGAGGCCAGAACCGUCACCGGUGAACUCGAAGGUACCGCUUUCGUCAGAUCAGGUGUCGAGGAAUUCUUCAGCGGAAAGGCCAAGAACACCGAAUCCAAGGCGAAAGCUCCCAAGAAGGAGAAGGUAUACAUCGAGGUUGACGGAACCUUUGCUCAACCCAACCGACCCCCUCGAAGGGAUAACGACAACAACCAAAGACGAGGUGGACGAGGUGGUGCUUCCAGAGGUGGACAACGUGGUGGUGCUUCCAGAGGACAAGGUCCCAGAGGUGGUGCUCGAGGUGGACGAGCUCCCGCUGGUAUCAAUGCCAACGACGCCAACGCUUUCCCCGCUCUUGGAGCUUAA